CUUAUGUGCUUGUGUGUGAAUUUGGUUUCUAUUCCCCCCUGAAUAUAUGAAUGAAUGAUCAUCGUAAUAGUUACAUAAACGAGAACAUUUUGAAAGGUGCGCCCCCCAAACCGCAACGAGCGUACAGCAAUGGGGCGCCUCGGUCCAGUGAUGGCCCACCUAGACCUCCAGAUCGAUUCGUUCCAUUCCAAAGGCCUGCCAACCCCUUGUACAAUAUACCAGAUGGUUACAUGUCUUCACCAGAAAGAAGUUCCAGGUACGAAGAUCCUUACUAUAGUCAAUAUGGUACAAGAUCGGGAUCUAUCACUCCUGUAAUAGAUGAAGAAAUAAGCGACACCGAAUUACUCGAUGACUCGUAUUCCCUAUACGGGGUGAAAUUACCUCCCGGUACAGGUCCAAGAGUGGCCCCCAGAUCGCCUUUUCCCCAACCUGCUACAGGUCCCCCAUAUGAUGCUACGAGACUGCGAGUAGAAAAUAUGGAAAGACAACUAGCUAAUUUGACGGGAUUGGUUCAGAAAGCCCUUACUCAACCUACUGCUACCCAUCUACAGGUCCCAGGAAGAGAGAAUUAA